CCCCAAGCCACCAGGGAAAGGUGACCUUGCACCCAGCAGCCUUGGUUAAGAAGGCAGAGAGGAAGAGGAAAUGCCAUUGAGCAACACCAACAAUUGCUGAAAACCGCAACCCCCCCGGAGAACCACGCCCUCAGACACCACAUCUCUUCCAGGGACGCAAAGCCCCAUCCAGGUCACACGCAGCACGAUGAACGUGCCCCUCAUCUGCGACUACGGCUCUGGCUUCAGCAAGGUGGGCUUUUCGGGAACCGAAGUACCCCAGGCUGUGUUCCCCACCAUCCUCGGGAAACUUCGGCACGAUAAUCUGUUGGUGGGAAUGGAAGAGAAAGACUGGUUCAUCGGAGACGAGGUUCAGAAAAAAUGGGGGCAACUCAACCUGCAGCAGCCUAUCUCUCGGGCGACCAUCACCAACUGGGACAACGUGGAAAAGAUCUGGCAUCACUCCUUCUACCAAGUGCUCCGCAUCGCUCCAGAGCAGCACCCUCUGAUGGUGACAGAACCACCUUUAAACUCGAUGUCCGUCAAAGACAGGAUGUCGCAGAUCCUCUUUGAGAGCUUCAACGUGCCUGCCCUGUACUUAGCCAACCAAGGAGUCCUUUCUCUGUACUCCUCCGGCCAAACCUCUGGAACAACCAUUGAAUCUGGAGAAGGAAUGACAUACAUCGUGCCCAUCAGUGACAGCUGUCCAUUGAAUCAGUCAACCAUCCAGAUGGACGUGGCGGGCCAAGACCUAACCUUGUACCUCCUACAGCAAUUGUCAGACAGUGGGCAUUCAUUGGUGAGCACAGCUGACCGGGAGUACGUCCGGGACGUGAAAGAGAAGUGUUGCUACGUGGCUUUGGACUUUGAUAAGGAAAAGGAGGAAGCCAGCCCCCCUUCCAGUGCACAGAAAUAUCAGCUGCCUGAUGGCCGGGAGAUCCACCUUGGGCAGGAGAGGUUUUUCUGCCCCGAAGCACUUUUCCAGACAAGCCUCAUAGGGAGAAACCGCCCAGGCAUCCACCUGACAGCCUUUCAGAGUAUCAGCUCCUGCAGACGCGGCCUCUGGAAGGUUCUCUUUGGCCACAUCAUACUGUCUGGAGGUACCAGCUCCUGUCUCGGCUUGCGGGACCGGAUGCAGAGAGAACUCUGCUCCCUCGUUACCCCUGCCAUCAACGUGAAGGUGUCCGCCUCUCCGUACUCCUCAUACAGCGCCUGGGUGGGUGGUUCCAUCCUGUGCUCACUCUCUACCUUCAAGGACAUGUGGGUCACCAACGACGAGUACAAGGAGAUGGGUUCCUCUGUCGUCAGUAGGAGAAACUUCUGAUUCUGGCUUUCUGGACCCCAUCACCUGUGCCAUCAAUGCCCACCCCAGGCGGAGCCUCCAGCCUGGCUGAACUGAUCAGAGCUCAGAACCGACUCAGACUCGAGGGUGGCCCUUCCUCCCCCAGACUUCAAUAAAAAGGGUCAAU